CCCGGAAGCGGAAGUCACUUAGAGAAACGGAAAAAUCCAGAGCCGGCUGUCAGCCCCAGCAGAGACCUAUAAUUGGUGUUUCUUCGGGGGACAGUUGAGGGUAGGCUUUCUGCCGGUUGCUGCGGCCGCCUCCCAGGAUACCAGAGCUGGGAUUUCCCUGACGCUCCAGACCUCAGUUCAGAUGUCUUUAUAGAGCUUUGUAGGUCUCUUUGGUGAAGAUGCCUUAAUAGUAAUGAAGAGUUGAAAUUGAACCAAGGGAUUCAUUCAUGCUAGAAUAGGAUGCUGGGACACCAGAAGAAAUGAUGCCUUCAACAGUGAAUCGCACCCUGCACUAGAGUAGUCUGGGAAUGACAUGUUCCUGGGCUGGAUUUCGUCACCUCAGAAUUCAUGCAGUUCAUUUCAGAAACACUGAUCCUCUGCUUACUGUGACACAUCCUCAGUAAAGGUCUGAUGGACAGACCUUUUUUGGAGACUUUGUGUCCUUCCUCUUCAUAUGGAAGUUGGAAGACAAAGUGAAAGGAGCCAAAAGUUACCUGCUUUGGUGAACAACUUGGUUCUCAAAACAUGGGCCCUCGUUUAAAGCUGCAGCUGUGAUCCUCGGCUGUCUGUUGGCAUUGAAGGGACCUGAUGUUUUACGUUAUUGGUGGAGUCACAGUGUCUGUGGUUGCAUUCUUCUUCACAAUUAAGUUUCUCUUUGAGCUUGCCGCACGUGUAGUCAGCUUCCUUCAGAAUGAGGACCGUGAACGCCGAGGGGAUCGAACUAUUUAUGACUACGUGCGGGGAAAUUACCUGGAUCCACGGUCCUGCAAAGUCUCCUGGGAUUGGAAGGACCCCUAUGAGGUGGGCCACAGCAUGGCCUUCCGAGUGCAUUUAUUCUAUAAGAACGGGCAGCCUUUCCCUGCACAUCGGCCUGUGGGACUGAGAGUUCACAUCUCCCAUGUUGAACUAGCAAUGGAAAUUCCAGUGACCCAGGAAGUCCUUCAGGAGCCUAAUUCUAAUGUAGUAAAGGUGGCCUUCACUGUGCGUAGGGCUGGACGUUAUGAAAUUACAGUGAAGCUUGGUGGAUUAAAUGUGGCCUAUAGUCCCUACUACAAAAUUUUUCAGCCUGGAAUGGUGGUUCCUUCCAAGACCAAAAUUGUGUGCCAUUUUUCUACUCUUGUAUUGACCUGUGGGCAGCCACACACCCUUCAAAUAGUGCCCCGAGAUGAGUAUGAUAACCCUACAAACAAUUCCACAUCCUUGAGAGAUGAGCACAAUUACUGUUUGUCCAUUCACGAGCUAGGCCCUCAAGAAGAAGAGAGUACUGGAGUUUCAUUUGAGAAGUCAGUGACGUCUAACAAGCAGACUUGCCAGGUGUUCUUGCGACUCACCCUGCAUUCUCGAGGUUGCUUUCACGCCUGCAUUUCAUACCAACAUCAGCCGAUCAGUAAUGGAGAAUUUGACAUUAUUGUCCUAAGUGAGAAUGAGAGAAAUAUCGUUGAACGCAAUGUGUCCACUUCAGGAGUGAGUAUUUACUUUGAGGCUUAUCUUUAUAAUGCUACCAACUGUACCAGCACACCAUGGCACCUUCCACCCAUGCACAUGAGCUCUUCACAGCGUCGGCCCUCCACUGUUGUGGAAGAGGAAGAGGAAGACUCACCCUCUGAGUGCCACACCCCUGAGAAAGUGAAGAAACCGAAAAAGGUGUACUGCUAUGUGUCACCAAAGCAAUUCUCAGUGAAGGAAUUCUACUUGAAAAUCAUUCCCUGGCGCCUUUACACCUUCCGAGUAUGCCCAGGAACAAAAUUUUCAUACCUUGGCCCUGACCCUGUUCAUAAACUCCUCACACUAGUGGUAGAUGAUGGCAUUCAACCUCCUGUGGAACUCAGCUGUAAAGAGAGGAACAUUCUUGCGGCCACUUUCAUCCGCUCCCUACACAAGAAUAUUGGAGGUUCUGAGACCUUUCAGGACAAGGUGAACUUUUUCCAGAGAGAGCUUCGGCAGGUACAUAUGAAAAGACCACAUUCCAGAGUCACCCUGAAGGUCAGCAGACAUGCCUUGUUGGAAUCGUCUCUGAAGGCUACUCGGAAUUUCUCUAUCUCAGAUUGGAGCAAGAACUUUGAAGUAGUUUUUCAGGAUGAGGAAGCUCUGGACUGGGGAGGGCCUCGCCGGGAAUGGUUUGAGCUAAUCUGCAAAGCACUAUUUGAUACCACCAAUCAGCUCUUCACCCGAUUCAGUGACAACAACCAAGCAUUAGUGCAUCCCAACCCUAAUCGCCCAGCUCAUCUGCGCCUGAAGAUAUAUGAGUUUGCAGGGCGGCUGGUUGGCAAGUGUCUUUAUGAGACCUCUCUGGGAGGAGCCUACAAGCAGUUGGUCCGAGCUCGUUUCACCCGUUCUUUUCUGGCCCAAAUCAUAGGACUACGAAUGCAUUACAAGUACUUUGAAACAGAUGACCCUGAAUUCUACAAAUCUAAAGUUUGUUUUAUCCUCAACAAUGACAUGAGUGAGAUGGAGCUGGUCUUUGCAGAAGAGAAAUAUAACAAGUCAGGUCAACUGGAUAAGGUUGUAGAACUUAUGACAGGUGGAGCUCAAACCCCAGUCACCAAUGCAAAUAAAAUCUUCUAUCUAAACUUGCUGGCCCAGUACCGGCUGGCCAGUCAAGUGAAAGAGGAAGUGGAACAUUUCUUAAAAGGCUUGAAUGAAUUGGUCCCUGAGAACCUUUUGGCUAUUUUUGAUGAGAAUGAGCUGGAGUUGCUGAUGUGUGGAACUGGAGACAUCAGUGUGUCUGACUUUAAAGCCCAUGCAGUGGUUGUUGGUGGUUCAUGGCAUUUCAGAGAAAAGGUUAUGAGGUGGUUUUGGACUGUGGUUUCCAGUCUAACCCAGGAGGAGUUGGCUCGGCUACUUCAGUUCACAACAGGUUCUUCUCAACUACCGCCUGGAGGCUUUGCCGCCCUCUGCCCCUCAUUUCAGAUUAUUGCAGCGCCAACCCAUAGCACGCUGCCUACUGCACACACGUGUUUUAACCAGCUGUGCCUCCCUACGUAUGACUCAUAUGAAGAGGUGCACAGGAUGCUGCAGCUGGCCAUCAGCGAGGGUUGUGAGGGCUUUGGCAUGCUCUGACCACUCGCCUGUUACCUACUUGGCGCCCAUGCUCUCUGGAGCUUCUUGCGCGUGUUACAGACAUGAUCAUUGGCCCUAACACACAUAACCAUCAGCCAGAAGAUGCCGCAUGCUUCCCUCUGUCUGGAUUCUUUUGUCACCUACAGGCCUUGUCCUUACCUCAUCCCUUCUGCUGACAUGCAGCACAGGCCACUUUGGUACCUAAACUGAGGUCUCUGGUCAGUGAGGAGAAUGCUGCUGUUGUUUGAUUUGGUUCUUUGAUUUCAGUAGCUGAAUUUGCCUCACUGGAUAAAUACACAGGGCUCAGCCCUGUUGGGAAGCACAUGUACAGAGAACUUUAAGUCAUUCCUUGGCUUCAGCUCUCUGUGCAGAUGCUCCUAGAAGGUACCCUCUUGGCUCUCACUGCUUGACCAGAAGGGUAUGAGUCCCUCUCCUGGACAGGUGAUUGCAGCCAGGACAAGCACGGAGGGAAAGUGCAGUCUUUUUGUCCUCCCACACAAUGUAACAGACCAUGGCACUGCAUUAUGUCUUGUGAGGACUGGUAGUCAAAGGAUUUGUGUGUGUGUGUGUGUGUGUGUGUGUUAUCUGAACUGGAAAAAACACUUUCCCUGCAGGCAUUUCUGGAAGUGAUCAUUAAUCCAUAAAGAAUUUUUUGAGCUUUUUCUUGAAUUUGAGCCCAUGAGAAAAGCAGUGAGAUUGAAGAUGUGAAGGAGAGCUGAGCUGUAGCCUACAGUGUAGGAUAUGAUUCUUUCUUAGGGUGAGGCAUUGUCCAGACACAUGGCUGGUUUGAAGACUACUAAUGCUUUCCUUGAGUUUAUUCUUUGCACUGAGGUGUGUCAGGGCCUGCCCAUUGACUUCUAAUUACAGUCUCUUAAGAUCUGGGAGUCUUCAGCAUUCUUCUGAGAAAAGUUUGGCAGCAGAGGACUGGGAUGGUAAGAAUAGCAUGGUAGCAAUUCCUUAUCCCUUUGCUUGGUGUUCCCUGGUAGCAAUAAGGCAAGGCAAAUGAUCACAGGUCCCUGGUCAGGCCCCUUGGGGACAGAAUGGAGGAGAUACAUUAGACAGUUGACCCCUACUCACCCCAGGUACUUCCCCAAACUCCCAUCAGUUACCAGGAAAGGGAGCCAUAGAAGGAGGAAGCUACUGAAUAUUAGGUCCCCUGUUAAGUGUUGAUUGAAGAAGCUGCCGCCAUCUCUUAGAUGACAACAACAUCUUUUUUCAUUGUUUGAAGAAAACAGUUCUAAAGCUCAAUAUCACUUGACUUCCCAAAUUUCUGUUUUGGAGACGGCUCUGCUGCAAGCUACCAUUCCCAAUUGGACAAUCAGCUCUGAGACUAUUAUAAGCCAUCUUUAUUGCCAAAACCAGCAAGUACACCGAGUCAUGAGACAAGACAGGACUUGUUGCAAUGCCUUGGCCUCCUGGAAGCAUGUCUGAGCCCUCCUGUUCACAGGGAUUAUGAGGAAUAAGCCCUCCUGAGCUGCUACUGUUCCUGCCUGACCUCACUUCUUUGCAGUCAUCAUUUGUCCUUUCUCGGCAUGGAUGCUGACCUCACUCAUCCUUGGGGUCUGGAUCCAGCAUCAGGGCCUCUACACCCCAGGAUCCUCCAUGCCACAUGGUCACUGCUCUCCUCAGGGACCAGGACAAGGUGCUGCUGCUUGUCCAUGUUUUCCCCAUGGGACGUGUAUGGGAAAGCUUGGUCAUCAUGCUGUCACCUCUCAGGCUCAAAUAGGGGUUUCUAGCUGGGGCAUAUGGGCUGGUUCUGCUGGUUUUGGAAGUUGGUCCUCUUGGAUUCUACAUUACCCCUUCCCCCAAACAGCCCUACAGAGACCAGUGCUAGAGAUGGAGUUGAUUUUCUUGACUAGAUGUUAUUUUAAGCUCUAGUCAUAGCACUUUUUCAGCGUAUCCUUAGCCUCACUGCACCCUAGCUGGGGCAGCUGCAUCUGUAGGGUGGUCUGUAGGUACCAGGGACUAUUUAACAAAACCCUUUGAUAAGCUGGGCAUGGUAAUUCCUGCACUCUGGGAGCUGAGGCAGGAGGAUUACAGGUUUGAGCCCUCCCUGGCUAACUUAGAAACUUAAUGAGACCCUGUCUCAAAAUAAAAAAUCAUCCAAAAGGGUCUGGGGAUGUAGCUCAGUGCAGAGGCCCUGGGUUCAAUCCCAGCACCGCAAAAAGAAAAGGCAAAACCCUUUGGUACUAUUGUGGUUUUCUAUUCUUCCAGUUUACUCUUCCCCCCAACUCUGUUGCAAAGUGUCUUUAAAGUGUCUUUUCUCCUUUUGGCCUGUACUUUUACUUUUUUUUUUUCCUAAUCUUGUUUUGGUACUAGCCAGUGGCGGGGGCGGGGGUAACAUAUUGAUGAGAAGAAUGUGUUAUUUGGGGAGACAUUUUUUUAUUCACAUUUCUUAUUUUGGUUAGUUCUUUUACUUAUGCCCUGUGGCUUAGAUACAUGAGAGACCAGCUACUCUCCAGGUCUCAAGUAGAUACCAAGGAAGAAUGUCAGCAUGGCUCUAGAAAUUUGGCAGAGACCAAGCCCAUGUCAGGCCAGGUGAAAGGGCCUGGCAUUUAUAGCUGGUAUUGUAAAUAUUUUGUACAAUAAAUAAAUGAAUGUCUAAAAGAACAACUAAGAAGCAAAUGCCU